GGGAAUUCAAGUGCCUCUUUUUCCAUCUCCCUCGACAACACACUCCCUCCCCACGACAACCACCAUGGCUUCCGUCCCGAGUGUGCAAUGCUUCGGCAAGAAGAAGACGGCCACCGCUGUCGCCCACUGCAAGCAAGGCAAGGGCCUCGUCAAGGUUAACGGCCAGCCCCUCUCCCUGGUCCAGCCCGAGAUCCUCCGUUUCAAGGUCUACGAGCCCCUCCUCAUCGUCGGCGUUGACAAGUUCGCUGGUGUCGACAUCCGCGUCCGCGUCACCGGUGGUGGUCACACCUCGCAGGUUUACGCCAUCCGUCAGGCUAUCGCCAAGUCCAUUGUCGCCUACUACCAGAAGUACGUCGAUGAGCACUCCAAGAACCAGCUGAAGCAGGCUCUUGCUCAGUACGACCGCACACUCCUGGUUGCCGACAACCGCCGCGCCGAGCCCAAGAAGUUCGGUGGUCGCGGUGCCCGCUCCCGCUACCAGAAGUCCUACCGUUAAAUUUUUCUUCUCUCACUUGUUAUGCGGCGAAAGGGAAAAGAAAAAUUUACGGCAAUGGGGAAAUGGAAUCUGUCUGUCUUCAUAUGUUUUUUCAAUCACGACUUAUUUCCAUGACUUCUUGGUGGACUGGGGACUUGGGAG